AUGAUGAAAACAGUUGUAUUUUUAAUUUUUCUCUUCCUAUUUUGCGCUGAAAUAAGUCUAACGCUAAGAAUCGGAAAUGGGGAAACUCAACCUAAGGAUGGCAUGUUUCUCCAAAUUGAUAGAGAUAUGAAUGAGCCCCCUUAUUCGAUCAUUAAUGUUUACUACACCGAGUCGAUUAUGAACGAAGAUUUAUUAAAAGAAAUAGAAAACAACAGGAAAAUAGAGCAAAACAAAAUGAAGAAUUAUUUCAGGAAGAAUUUGACAGGCAACAAAUAUUUCAUGGACUACUCGAAAAAACAAAGGGAGCAAAUGGAGAUACUACUCGAUCUGAUGGGAUAG